CUUCUGACUCCUUUUCUCUCCAAAGCCUUAAAAAGGAGACCAAAACUCAGAAAAAACAUGGGUACCUUGGUGGGGCAUGUGGCACCAGGCUUUGCUUUCCUUCUUCUUGGUUUAUGGCAUCUCUUUAAUCAUGUCAAGCUCCAUUUGCUCCACCCAAAUUCAUACACUUCUUCUCCAUGGUUUCCCACCUCCAAAAUAAGGUACAUAGAGUUGUUCUUGAUCAUGGUAGGUUCCUCCAUCUCCAUCUCCAUGGAACUCUUUAUUGGCCCGGAAAGGCACCAACCUUUUGACCCUGAUGGAACCAUCCCAUCAAACCACCUCCACAACUUUGAACACUCUGCAAUUUCCAUGACCUUUUUUGUCUAUGCAGUCUUUGCAAUUCUCCUUGAUAAAACAGCCCCUAAGGCCCAAUAUGAUUUGACACAAUUUCUGGGAGCUGUCGCCUUUGCCCAACAGCUUCUCCUCUUCCAUCUCCACUCUGCAGAUCACAUGGGGGUUGAGGGCCAAUACCACCUUCUCCUCCAAAGUGCCAUUGUUGUAUGUUUAGCCACCACCCUCAUGGGUAUUGGGAUGCCUAAGAGCUUCAUGGUCAGCUUUGUAAGAUCCCUCAGUAUUGUAUUCCAGGGGGUCUGGCUCAUACUCAUGGGCUACAUGCUCUGGACUCCGGGGCUGAUUUCUAAAGGUUGCUUCCUCCACCUUGAAGAGGGUCACCAAGUGGUUAGGUGCUCGAGCGAAGAAGCUCUGCAUCGAGCCAAAUCGUUGGUUAACCUUCAGUUCAGUUGGUUCCUUGUGGUUAUCUCAAUUUUUGCAGUCACUUUCUAUAUGGUUUUGGCCAAAUUCUACGGCCAAAAAGUUGAAUACUCAACAUUGACAGGGGAAGAAUCGCUAAGGGAAGAUUCCGAUGAUGUUGAAUUUCAUAAGAAGAGCAGAGUUGGGGACUCACAGAGUUUUGUUCAGUUGGGGAAAGUGCAUUCAACAAUUGACAUCGAAAGGUAGAAGGCUAUGAAAAGACUAAAGAGGGAUUGGAUGCCAUUGGGUAUGUGUACAAAUUAAUUAGAUUGGUGGAAAGACUAAUUUAAUUAAUCACCACUCUCUAUAUAUUGGUUUUUUCACCUUUUGUUUUUCUUUGGUCACCCCCCACUUUUGUUUGAUUAUUAAGCUCCCAAUGAUGUUUGCUUAAUGAGAACAAAGUGGCCUCAGGCAGCAGGGGGCUGAAAAUGUGUGUUGGGAGAAAUUUGAGUGGAAUUUGCUUGGUCUUAUUUAUGGCUUUUGAGAUAUGGGGAUCUCAAUGUUUGUACGUGCCUGUAAUGUAAAGAAAAAAAAAUUGCUAGUAAAACAUGAAAAUUUAUUUUUUAGUGCUAUUGUUGCAUACAUUUAAGGGAGAACCGAAAAAAGACCAAGGAAAACGGUAUGACCUUUUUUCUU